AUGCUCACUCUUUUGGUCGAAGCUCAGCUGGAGGGUGUCACUGACCUCCUGCCCACUGACACUGAGGAGAACCCCUACUUCUACACUUUCAAAGUGAAAUGUACCUCCUGCCACGAGGAACACCCUAACUGGGUCAGCUUCAAUCGUUUCGAGACACACGAGAUACCCGGUAGCCGCGGUGAAGCUAAUUUUGUGUGGAAGUGCCGACUUUGCACGAAAACCCACACAGCCUCCGUCAUUAGUGGACCUAAGCCCUAUGAGGCCCAGGAAAAGAGCAAGGCCCAGAAGAUCCUUGAAAUGGACUGCCGUGGCCUCGAGUUUACUGAGUUCAAGCCCGACGGUGAAUGGGAGGCCAAGGCUGUUGAUUCCACCACCACUUUCUCUGGCAUUGAUCUUAUGGAGGGCGAGUGGUAUGACUAUGACGAGAAGAAGGGUGAGGAAGUCAGCAUCAAGGAAAUCACCUGGACUGUUGGCCGUUAA